UUAUAGCAACCAUCCUACAAUCAAUUUCGAUUAUAGCCAAUUUUGGUUAAGCCCUUUUUAUAACUUACUUAACAGACAUUGUCAUUUGGAUAGUAACAAUUUGCAUAUUCUUUGCACUGCAAUAACACUAGAGCACAUGACACUCUAGCCGAAAUGUUGACUGCUUAAAUAUCAUUCGAUGACUCAUACUCCUACCCAUAUAUGUACGCACGCAAAUAUUAUUAUCAGCCUUUGUUUUGCUUUGCUGUGCCCGUAUUAAAUUUGACUAUAAAUUGCCUAUGUAAUUGCUUGCUAUUUCGCUCGCUCGCUCGCUUGGUCCUCGUUCGUUUCCUUCGCUUGUUUGCCUGUUCACUCGCUCGUUCAUAUUCGCUCAGGUGUUGUUAGCUUUCGAACCUGAGUCAUUCGACAAUAAACUGUAGUUGCUGCUAUCCUUUGUCUUCUGAUUUUACGCACCGUUAAGUUUAGAAUUAUAACGGUUAUCGAAGUAAACGGUUAACGAAUCGCGGCACUACAGAAUUGGAGGCCUCGCCGAACAAGCACGACGCAAUAGAAUUGGAUACCUCGCCGAACAAGCACGACGCAAUAGAAUUGGAUAUCUCGCUGAACGAGCACGACGCAAUAUAAUUGGUUGCCUCGCCAUACGAACACGACACUACAGAAUUGGAUGCCUCGACGAGCGAACACAAAACAAUUUUCGACGAGAUAAUUUCAUUUCGAAAAUUCAACGUACUCUGUUUCUAUUCGAAUUAUUAUCUGGAUUAUAAUCAUAAUUGUGGAUUUAUUAUAUCACAAUUUUAAUCGUACGUACAUUAUCCCAUUAUUGAACUUAACGAUAAUAUUCAUAAUAAAUAACGAUUAUUCACGAACAAUUGAUAUAUUGGUGCAAUUUAAUAAACCAGUGAUAAAUAAUGAGAACAGUUAUAUGGUUAUCACUUGUAGUGUUUACAUUGUAUUAUGUAGUCAAUAUAGAAGCUAAUCGAAAAGUUAUCUUCCGAGGUGCUCAGUCAUAUUCUGGCUACAGAGGGGAUCAAAACAUUCAAAGAAGACCAUCUACUUCUCGUCGUGCUGAUAUAAGCAAAGUUCAAUUGUAUGGUGAUCGAAGAAAUGAUCCAACUUAUCGUCAAGGAUUAGAAGAACUAGCUGGGUUGAUGUAAAAUGAAAGGUUCAAGACAAAAAAAUUUAUUCAUUAAACAAUACUUUAUAAUAUUUCAAGUUUACAUCCUAUAACAUAUUUUCUUAGUUAAUACAGUAAUUAUAUAUGCACAGUAUUGAAAAUCUUCUUAGAAGAUUUCCUUCAUAUAAAAAUCAUUACCUUUCAAUUCAUUGGUCUAAUGGUUAAGUACUGGCUGAAAGACAUGAAGAUCCAUUGAUCACUCCUAAAUGAUAUUGUCGGUGCGCACUUCUGAGGAGUUCCAUACCACAACGAAAUAACUGUCCAUUGCCUUAUAGGAGUAUGUCGAAUGAAAGGUAAAUCAGUGUCUCAUUUAUUCAUUUCAUUUAAGCCUGUUACUCCUCGUGGAGGAGCAUAGGCCGCUCACCAGCAUUCUCCAUCCAACCCUGUUCUGGGCAAUCCUUUCCAGUUUGUUCCACUUGUUAUUCAUCCUUUUCAUAUCUAAUUCUAUUUACCGGAGUAAUGUGUUCUUUGGUCUUCGUCUUUUCCACUCCCCUUCCGGAUUCCAAGUUAGGGAUUGCCUUGUAAUGUAUGUCCGAUCCCCUUCCAACGUCUUUUCCAAAUCACUGGCUAAUAUCAACAUAAAAUUAAACUAAUGCGAACCAAAUUUAAAUACAUUCUUAAUUAUUGACAGUAAAAAAGGAUACUGUUAUCAUUUAAUAUUCACCUUGUAACUAAAUUGGAGAUUAUUUUUCAACCAUUAAUAAGUUAAUAUCAAACUAUGCAGAAAAUUAUCAGUACAAAUUCAUAGAUUAUAACAGGUUAAUCUCGUGAGGCGGGAUCAUGGAUGUGCACUGCUGAAGAGUUCCACAAUAGGACGAAGCGGUCGUCCAAUGUUUCCAGGUUUUCCAUGGUGGUCUAGCUUCAAUUGACU